ACCAUCAUCAUCUGGGUCCUGUUUGUUUUUCUCUAAAUGCAAAUGGGUUUGUUCAAAAAUUUGAUUUUUAUGGAUUGAGGCGCGUUUUCUGAACCUCCCCUGGUUCAUUUUUCUGUUCUAUUGGAUUGGUUUUCAUUUGGGGUGCCUUCGUUUUUAUUAUUUUUAAUUAAAAAUUUGAUUUUUUUUUCUCCGCUGUUUAUUGUUUUUUCUGGAUUGGAAUAUCCUUUAAAAAUGUUUUUCUGUGGUGGUGGUGCAAGAAACACAGAUUUCUUAGCCAUGAAGUUUUUCAAUGAGUUUUGUGAUGUCGGGUUGUGAUUUUUGCUGAAAAAUCAAUUUCAGGGAUUGUUGUCCUGAAUCUUGUUCUGCUCAUCUGCAUAUCUCAUCUACCAUAUAAUGGCCAAUGAAAGUGUUGAAUUACCGCUGACCCCAGAAGUAACCAAGUCACCUGGGGUUGAAAUAAAAAAGCAUUCAGCUGGCAAAGCUAGUUCUGGAGCUAGUGUUGAAAAAAGUGUUCCCAAUUAUCUCAGAGCUUCCACUGGUUCUUGUCAUGAUAUUUGUAAAUAUGGUGGGAAACAUGCAUUUGAAUUGAAGGAAAGACGCUCUAUACCUAAUAGAGCUACAAGGAAACAGCUUCACCAAAGCUCAGAAGGCAGGGUUGGUGGGACAAUGAUGUCAGUUGCCAGGCUCAGUGCAUCUGUAGAUUCCAAGCCAACAAAGAUGUCGACGGUCAAACUCAAGAAAUCAGUUGAUUCCAAGACCUGGAUUUCUGAUACCUCUGGCACUUAUAAGCUGGAACUUCCAGCAAAAGCAUUUGACAGCCAAAAAGAAAUAGGGAAUGAAGUUAUGGUUAACAGGAACAAAUCAUCAUUGACCAAGGUUAAACCAUCACUCCUGAAGUCUCAUACAUCUCCAUCAUCAAGCCAAGAAAUUUUGUCAAUUAAGGAGGUCCGAUCCCCAUCAAAGUUAACUUCCAAGAAGGUGGGAACUACAUCAACAUCCAGGAAGGUGGAAGCUCCAUCAAAAUCAUCUCCCAAUAAGAUGAUGACAUUAAAAUCUACUUCUAAUAAGGUGGGAAAUCCAUCAAUAUCAACUUCCAAGGUCAAAACUUCGUCAAAAUCAGCUACCAAUGUUGUGAAAACCUCAUCACAAUUAUCUUCUCUCAAAGGUAAAGAAAUGAAGUUGUCUGAAAAACGUGUGACUUCUUUAAAUUCAAGCAGUGUCAGAAGGAAACAAAUGUCUUCUAUGAAUUCCUCAGAUGGUGUCGGUGGUCAAAGAUUUAAUAAGAUCAAGAUGGAAAAGGGGGUUGCCUCUUCCAAAGCAGCUUCAAAAAAACUGAUGGCACCUUCAAAUGCUUUUUUGUCCCCGAGACCUUCCCUUCUAAGAGUUGCAAGUAUAAAUUCAAGAAAGCAUAAGAGCCUGAAAAUUGCACCUCAUCUUAAGAAUCAGCGAACUGCUAGAAAGGUUGAACAUGAGGAACACAACAACAAUGAGGUAGAGGAAAAGACUCUGUAUGUCAUCAAGAUGGAAGGUGAAAACAAAACUUUGCAAUCUGAUCAAAAUGCAAGCUACGAUGAUGAGUCAUACCUCCCUCAGUUGUCAUCACCUAAGUCUUCAGUAUCCUCAAUUUCUCAAUCCUUAUCCCAAGGAGAUCAAGAGGAGUCUGAAUAUACAACUAGUGAAUUUGAGGAUGAUUCUUUUUCAGGAAGUCAUGAAAUUGAAUGCAUGGGAAAUGAGGAGACAUUGGAAGCUGAGAUGAAAGUCAAGCCCAAAAAGGAUGGGGUUGCAUAUUCCAAAGGCAAGGACAACCAAAUGAUAAAAUUAAAGUUCAGAAGGGGAAAAGUGGUUGAAAAUGAAACUCAGAUAAGUAGUCCAAGGAGGCUUAAAUUUCGGAGAACAAGAGUGCUGGUGGAGAAAGCCAAUGCUAAGGGUGUUGCCCGGAAAAGCUUUGAAAGAAGAGAUGAAGCCUGUGUUGACAGCAAUGAUGCUACAACUGGUCCAGAGAAGGUUGUUUUGAGACAUCAAGAUAUGCAGGACAAAAAAGAUGCACAGGGAUUGCUAAAUAAUGUUAUUGAGGAAGCAGCAAGUAAACUGGUAGAAGCUCGGAAGAGCAAGGUUAAGGCAUUGGUUGGUGCCUUUGAAACUGUGAUCUCUCUUCAUGAGAAAAAGCCUUCUGCAAGUGCAAACACAGUCACUUGAUGGAGCCUGGAUAGACAUUCUCUAGCGUUUUCAUUUGUUUUGUAAAGAAAUGGUAGGAAAAUAAACCUUAGCUUUGGUAGUAGUUGUGAAACCAACAAGCUGAAGGUAUUGCAGAAAGUAGAGGUAUAUUUGCCUUGAAUUGUUGUCUUUAGAAGCUCUGCAUGUAGAGUUGAGAGGGGGAUUUUGUGUUUGGAACUUGCCUCAACUUGCACGAUAUACUUUUUGUUUCAUUCUGCCUUGGAAAUCCAUACCUAUUUUGAAUGAUUUGUUUCUUCUGAUUUCAAAUAAAAUAUCAAAUAGUGAUGCCAGUGACUUUGUACUUUUACUGGAAAGGAAAAGUGCUUUGAACGUGUGAAAAUUUCUGUUACUU